AUGGGGGUCCGACUUCCGGCACACAUAGCGUUCAUCGCCCUGUCACCGAUACUUUCCACGGCAUUCGUCGUCCUGAAUAGUUUCACGAUCGCCAUUUUCGUGAAAAAGUUUCGCCUCGCUUCACUAUCGCUCGUCGUCAUGGUGAACAUUUGCGUUUGCGAUAUUUUUGUUUGCCUGUUUUCAAACAACUUCUACUUGCUGAAUCUUCUUAACCCAGCGUACUCAUGGAACACAGGUGGCCUAGCCUGCAAGCUCUUCAAAACGCUCACGAUGAUGGCGAAUUUGAAUCAGAUAUUUAGUUUGGUUUUCCUUUGCGUCGAUAGAAUGGGCCGUUUCAUCAGUACAAGCAGUCGCCAGUUCAAAAAGGAACAUGGUUUCGCGUUCUUAGUUAUAACAUGGGUUGCAUCGAUGAUAUUGAGUGCUCCUAGAAUGUUUCUUUUCGACGAAAAAAUAAUCACGAAAUUCAUCCCAGAAACAAACACGUCAGUGAUUGUAAACUACGCCUGUAAACCCAUUGGAAUAGAGGCUGCAGGAUACAUAGCACUUACAGUUGUCCAGUUUAUUGCCGGCUACGCCAUACCGAUGGUGGUUAUACUCUACUGUCUAAUACGUUGCGAGAUAUUCAUCCGACGCCACAUGUUAAUGUUGUCGCAACUGAAUCUAGAACGCGCGUCAAGCGUCGCGAUGCUAAACCAACAGAUCUCCCAGACCUUCAACAUGACGGGACUCCUGUUCAUGGUCAUCUGGACGCCGUUCUUCAUCCUUUCCAUUCUCGACCUUCACGUGAACCUCCUCGGCCGCAAUGACCUCAAGGAUAUCAACUUCACGCUCCGUUGCACGUUGUUAGUACUAGGAAGUGGUAAGCCACUUAUCUACUUGGUGAGCCUGAAGAAGUUCCGGUCUGCGUUCUGCGGAUACUUUAGGAAGGGUUCUUCGCUUUCUUCUGGGAGUUCCAAGUACAGCCACUCUUCAGGCACUGCACACGGCAAAGGGGUGUCAUUAUCCACAUCGGGCAUGUAG